CCCGGCUCCUACCAAUCGCAAAUCACUCCCUAACCUCCGGCUUUUUAACAUAUUUGAUGACUUUGAUUCUCUACUAGUGUUAUUUUUCAAUGCACAGAGGAGGCUUAUAGGUUGUGAUUUUUUUUUUUAUGGUUUUUUAGUGUGUGUGUGUGUGUGUGUGUGUGUGUGUGUAUGUGUGUGUGUGUGGGGUGCUAUAACCUCACAAGAAGAAAAAGGAAGAAGAUUUUUUUUUUUUACCCAGUUGGUGAUUUUUCUUCCAAGACUUGAGCUGGAACUUGAUAGCAGCUGCUGUUACAGUGUGCUCACCAAUUGUUCCUCAGUCUCUCUCUCCAUCAUCCUCUUCACUAGUCCAUGCUACCUCCUCCUCCUCCUCCUCGGCUGUUUUUAUUCUAACAUUUUUUAAAAGCCUACAUUUCCCAUUGAUGGGUGUAUACUUGGAUGGCUGACUGUAAGCGCCCCUGGACUUGGCCUUUAAGCGCAAGGCAUCAGUUUUGAAAAAAAAAAAAAAAAAAGAAAAAGAAAAAGAAAACCACGCUUUGCAUCGUCUCCAACAGCAAGAAAUCGACAUUUUUCUGUGUUUUCCCACCGGGAGAUUCAUCGUGGAUUCACCGUGAAGAUAGAUUUGUGUUUUUUGUCACAAUCCCAGUUUCACCGCGUUUUCCUUUUUUUUUUUUUGAGACUCUCUUCACAGGCGACACCACCACAGACAAAAACUUUCUUUACAUUGACUGAUAGAUAUGGCAAUGGUAGUGUGGAGAGGCUCCCAGGACGAUGUGGCUGACACCCAGGGCUCCCUUUCCUCGCAAACCCAAGGAGGACUAUCCCUUCCCACCCCUCAACCGGGCCAGUUGAACCUCACAUCGUCUCAAGUCGCUCCUCCGACCCCCCAGACUCCGGUCCAAGGACCCCCGAACAACACGCAGUCCACGCCGGCCAACCAGACCACGCAGCAGUCGGAGAAACAGUCCCAGCACAUUGAAUGUGUGGUCUGUGGGGACAAAUCCAGUGGCAAACACUACGGCCAGUUCACUUGCGAGGGGUGCAAAAGCUUCUUCAAGAGGAGCGUACGACGGAACCUCACUUACACAUGCCGUGCAAACAGGAAUUGUCCAAUCGACCAACACCACCGCAAUCAGUGUCAGUACUGCCGCCUCAAAAAAUGCCUCAAAGUCGGCAUGAGACGGGAAGUUUCUCUUUUUACUGCAGCCGUGCAAAGGGGACGGGUGCCACCCACACAGCCUCACCAUGGUCAGUUCUCCUUGACAAAUGGAGACCCACUGCACUGCCAUUCCUACUUAUCCGGAUAUAUCUCUCUCCUGUUGAGAGCGGAGCCCUACCCGACGUCCCGGUAUGGCAGUCAGUGCAUGCAACCCAACAACAUCAUGGGCAUCGAGAACAUUUGUGAACUAGCAGCCAGGAUGCUCUUCAGCGCCGUGGAGUGGGCCAGGAAUAUUCCCUUCUUCCCAGACCUUCAGAUCACCGACCAGGUGGCUCUUCUGAGGUUGACGUGGAGUGAGUUAUUUGUGCUCAACGCCGCGCAAUGCUCGAUGCCCCUGCAUGUGGCUCCUCUGCUGGCGGCGGCUGGCCUUCACGCCUCCCCCAUGUCUGCGGACAGAGUGGUGGCCUUCAUGGACCACAUUAGGAUCUUCCAAGAACAAGUGGAAAAGCUCAAAGCUUUGCACGUUGACUCUGCCGAAUAUAGCUGCUUAAAGGCAAUUGUGCUCUUCACCACAGAUGCUUGUGGCCUCUCAGAUGUGGCCCAUGUGGAAAGUUUGCAGGAGAAGUCCCAGUGUGCCCUGGAGGAAUACGUCCGGAGCCAGUACCCCAACCAGCCGACCCGGUUUGGGAAGUUGUUACUCCGCUUGCCUUCCCUCCGCACAGUCUCUUCCUCGGUCAUUGAACAAUUAUUUUUCGUCCGAUUGGUAGGUAAAACCCCAAUUGAAACUCUCAUCAGGGAUAUGUUGCUUUCGGGGAGCAGUUUUAACUGGCCUUACAUGUCAAUUCAGUAAAGCAAGAAGGAGAACAAACAAAAGGUGGGGUUGGGGGAUGAUUAUAGCUGCUUUUGUGGAAGGAAUAAAAAAAACAACCGGCUGUUACACGGGGCUGGCUUUCAUGAAGAAAGACUUUGACGUAAAUGACUGUGAAUUCCCCCCCUUCUCCACAAAAAAAAAAAAAAAAAAAUUGAGACAUCCACUGAACUUUCAAAAUGGCAGAUACAAGCUCCCAGUGUUCAUGCAGAACAACCUGCUUCGAUUCAUUUUUUUUUUUUAAUGAAAGAAGAAAAUGAGGAAAAAAAGGGAUUUUGUUGAUCCUUUAUGAGGGAAAAAUUAAGUAUUAAGUGCAUUUAAAAAUGAUAAUUUGGGUAAACAGAUUAAAAAAAAAAAACCAGGAGAAAGGGAAAAUACGAAACGUGAAUUUUCUUUUCUCAAAUGACUUGUCCUGUGUCCAUGUAUAGCUGUGUUUUGUACUUUCUUUGUUCCUCCUUUCUGGUUCCAAACCGGCCUAUGUGAUUUAUGUAGUACAGGUGGUGUUAUUUUCUAAGACAAUGAUUUAUUUUGAAAAGGUGUUAAAAAAAAAAAUUCAAAAAAAAAAAGUUCUAAAAAGAAUUAAAACCACAGCAAUAGGAGUUUAGGCUUAUAAUCUAGGCUUAAUGCUGCAAGCGCACUUAUAUUCUUAGGAUGACCAAUACCAUCUGGGAAAAGGGAGUUUUUUGGAGUUCAUGUUCAACUUUAUGACCCAGCGGUAACAUUGUGCUCUUUAUUAAUAUGAAGUUACAGGAUCAACUUUAUUUUCCAAAUUAUUUACCGAAAAAGUCUUCCCCAUUUCCUCCAACUUUGGAUAUUUUGCAUUAGUUCCCCAAUUGAACACAAUAAAAAAAAAAACUCCUACAAGUUGCCUGUCCUGCUGUAAGAAAAGGUAUUUGUGACAAGUUGCUUUAAAUGCAUUAUAUGUGCAUUUAAGGGCAUUUGCAGUUGCUCAAACUGCACUGAAAGCAAAACUAACCUGUUGGAGAGGUCAAGGGGUCAUAAAAGUUUGAAGCCUAGCCAGAGUAGUGUUUAAUAGCAGUAUUAUUAAAGCGUCCCUGAAAUGUCACCCUUUAUUCACUUCAAGCAUUAAGUGCCUGACAAGCAUUAUGUGAUUCCUUAUCCAAACGUUGUUAAAGUAGGCCUACAACAUUUUGGGGGAACACAAUUAUAGAUUUGAAUCUUCAGUCGUGUAUUUCUCUUGAAAAACACUGAUAGAGGCAGUAUUCUUGUAAAUAUAGGUCAAUUCAUUUCAACGAGUUUUUCCUUUAUACAAAGUAUAUGUGAUUAAGAAAAAUCUGUGGUUGCCAUUUUUUUUCUCGGUAAUAACGUCUUCAAAAUUGAGUGGCAGACUUAGCUAGUAGCACUGAAAGUUAUGUUUUUAAUGUAUAUACAUAUUACUACAAAUGUUUUCUUUUUCAUGUAUAUUUAGACUGUGAAUGCAUGGCCACAGGUCGCUAACCUAUUUUACCUUUGAUAUAUAAAUGUAAAUGUUUUCUCUCUCUCUCUUUUUUGACUGUAUAGAUAUAAUCUGUGCAUUCAGUACACUAGCCCUUGUAUUUAAAGAAACAAAAAAGAAAAAGAAACGAAGUUCAUUAUUAGGCUACAGACUUAAUUAAACAGGGUGAGCAGGUUUUGGGGGAAAAAAAGGAGUUGAUAUUUUAACUUUAGUGUUAUUGCUCCUUUGGUCUUUUGACAGGUGCCGUGGUGUGCGUGAGCGCGUGCGUGUGAGAACGUGUGCGUGCGUGUGUGUAUUCGGAAGCGAGCAUUUCUGUCUUUGUUUUGAGGCUUUUCUUCAACACACACACACAAGAACACCAUGUUGUGGUUGAAUUAAAAGGGAUCACUGAGUGAACACUGAUCUUUGGCUGUUCGUAGCCACAUAUGGACCAGAGAAUGAUACAUGAUUGUAAUUAUGAACAGUUUAAACUGACCCACGUUUUUAUAUAAAUAUAUAAAAAUAUAUGACUGCAGGGUAUUGAUAACGUAUAGAUACUUUUUUUAUGAUUAUCAUUAUUAUUAUUAUUAUUAUUAUUAUUAUUAUUAUUAAUAAUUGCAAGUGAUAUAUGUGAGUGUGUGUGAAAGUUUAUAGUUGAACACAAUUCUUGUUUGUUUGUGUUAGCUUAUUGUAAACAAGCAUUCUGCUGUAAAUUUGUUCUUGGUAUUAAAUUAUAAUUUAUGAAUUUGAA